AUGAUGUUGUGUGCAGUAUGCAUGUCUAUGUUUCAAACUAACGUGAAGCAAGGGCUUCACCACAAAGAUUAUAAAAGUGUUGCCACCGCUGCAAAGAAUGGGUGCAGAAUCUGUUACUACUUAAGCCGCAAGCUUUCAUCUGAGGAUUUGAAGCCUCUAGAGUAUGAGGUUAGGUGGGAGAACUCAUGGGAGCUUCAUUGGGAAAUUGAAUUCUACGAGACUGGCAGCGAGACAUCAAUCGACGACGGCAAGUCCCCGAUCUACUCAGACCGGUGCGUGUUUGUCGAUGUGUCUUCAUCAUCAAAACCUCCAACCGGUUAUGAGGAGUUUCUCGACUUUGUUGCUGCUGAUCGAGGCUCGGAGCCCACGCGGGUCCGAACGGAAUUUCCUUCGUUGCGAGAUAUCCCCAAUAAUACCGGCCACCAGAAUGUUGCACGGCUGGCUAAGAGGUGGCUUCAGACCUGUAAAGACCGCCAUGAUUGCGGAUCUGCUUCGGAGGACGACUGGCAUCCCAAGCGACUCAUUCAUGUUGGCAAUGAACAACAGUCCCCAAGACUGAUCAUUUCGGAGAAUGAGAGACCCGAAGGCUGUUAUGCGGCAUUGAGCCAUUGCUGGGGAGAAGACCCAAAGUUCUUCAUGUUAACAUCCGACAACUUAUUCGACCUUUGCAGCGAGAUCCAGCUACAGAGCCUUCCAGCCAGCUUCAGAGAUGCAAUUAUAACCUGUCGUCGAAUUGGCAUUCCCUACAUCUGGAUCGACUCGCUUUGCAUCCUACAGUCUGGCCUCGGUUCUCAUGAAGAUUGGCUCUCACACUCAGAGGACAUGCAUCUAGUUUAUCACCACUGUGACUUGAAUAUUUCCAUCGAUGUUUCUGAGAACCCCCAUGGAGGUGCUUUCAGGUCGAGGAAUCCGACGUAUCUGCAAGACUGUUAUGUCUGGACACCCUUUUACGCACCGCGCAAAAGUUCAAGCAAAAGCGAGCACGACAUAGGUGAUGGCACAGAAGAGUCAGAUCUCUGGAGUAUCUGCGCGAUAUUUACCGCUGACGAUUUCUCUUGGGCAAGAGUAGAUCUCCCUCUUAGUGACAGGGCAUGGGUAUUCCAAGAGCGUCUCCUUUCGCCCAGAACCUUACAUUUUGGUUCAGACCGCAUUUCCUGGGAGUGUGAUAGAAGCCACAACCUCACUGAAUAUCUACCAGAAGGCGUAAGCGACAAAAGAUGGAACGGCUUCGACUGCUUGGCCCAAAACGCUUUCAGUGUUCGUGAAAAGGGGGAUCUUUUCACAUACUACUACGACCUUGUGUUCCCAUAUACGAACCGUCAACUUAGUCAUCCGGAUGAAGACAAACUUGUUGCUUUCGCCGCCGUCGCCCGACGUUGUAUCUCAUGGUUUGGCAGCGACUAUUGUGCUGGAAUCUUUCGCAGCACCAUGCCACAAGGUCUUCUUUGGGAGAUGUCUGCCCUUGGGCAAUUAGGAAGGUCGAAGAUUUACCGUGCACCGUCUUGGAGUUGGGCCAGCUUGGAUUGCCGUGUGAGAUUCGAUAUCUUAGACGGUGAAGGAGCUGUUCUAGUCGAUGUAGUCGAUGUUGCGGUGGAAUUGGUUGACCCAAAUAACCAAUUCGGUCAAGUAAAGUCUGCUUCCUUAAUAUUGAAUGGACCCCUAGUAGCGUCUGAUGAACUCAUCCUCAAGGACGCCAAUGAUGAAGAGUUCUUGGCCGAAGGGCACACUUUUGGUAUCAGCGCCGAUACUGUGCAUCUGUGGGAGGAGGCUGAAAGGAAGGCUUGGCUGAUCUCCCAGAAGAACAUGUAUCUCCUUGCAGUUUUGGAAACAUCGAAAAAGCCUCAUACAUAUGGUCUUCUUUUGCAGAAGAAUGAUGAUGGGACUUUCACCAGAGCUGGAAACUGGGAGGCAGGGCCGGGGUUUGUAUCGAAGCAUGUAGACGCGACAUCCCAAGGCACACUAGUGCAGCGUAAGAGAGAAGCUGGAUGUGACGGUUGUGAUGUUUUGCCGGGCAAACUAUUUUCAAGUGAUGAUCAUGUUGGGUUCCUUGUAAAUAAUGGUCUGACAUAUACUGGGGAAGAGUGCUCUGCAUAUGAAACGUUUGCGGAUCAGCCAACAAACCAACCGGUGGCUGCAAAUAUCCCGAACCCGGUCAUUCAGUGGAUUAAUGCAACCAACAGAGGCCGGAAAAAGAAGAUAAUGGCUUCACCGAGAACUGAGAGCAGAGGCGGAAGUCCUCGCCACGGCAUAGCCAGGCAGAACAUAUCAGCCGGUGGUUCUCCUGUUGGGAAUCCUAUUGUCGCACAGGAAAAUGAAAGAGAUGUCAGCGACUCGGCGUUUGGAGACGAUGCAGAAAGCUCUACUACCUCCAUCUCAUCGAGCAUCCUCGAAUAUCGCAAAUUUCAAGGACGGACCUUUCAUAGCGAGAGGUAUAAUACGGAAUACUUCACACCGAACGAUGAACAGCAGAGAGAUUCAAUUGACAUCACGUACCAUGUUCUGACAUUGCUGCUUGAUGGAAAGCCGACACUUGUUCCUCUGAAAGAUAACAUUCAGCUAAAGCGAGUUCUUGAUGUCGGUACUGGAACUGGUAUUGACUUUGCUGAUGAACACCCCGACGCUGAAGUCAUCGGAACAGACCUCUCCCCAAUCCAACCAAGGUGGGUCCCACCAAAUGUAAAGUUCGAGCUUGAAGACGCAACAAAGGACUGGACCAGGCCUGAGAAUCACUUCGAUCUCGUCCACGUCCGUUUUCUCAUUGGCGCCAUCGCAGACUGGGGAACACUAUUCAAAGAGGCCUCUCACCGCUGUAAGCCAGGUGGUUUUGUUGAGUCCGGCGAGAUCAACCCAACUUUCUAUUCAGACAACGGAACUAUUGACGGUGUUGGGGCUCUGCAGACCUGGAAUAGACUGGUGAUUGAGAGUGGUAAGGGCUUUGGGCGAAGCUUCACUGAUAUUGAGAACGAUGUCCAGCUCUUUCGAGAAGCUGGUUUGGUAGAUGUGAAGAGUUUCGACUUCAAGGCUCCCAUCGGCGGUUGGCCCAAAGACGAGAAAAUGCGAAAGGUUGGUCAAUUCCUCCGUGCUUCAAUCGAGAAUGACCUCGAGGGAUAUACUAUGAUGGCUUGGCACCAUAUCAUGAGCUGGCCCAAAGAUGAAUACCAAGUAUUCUUGAUGAACAUGAGAAAGGCGUUUAAGGAUAAGAGAAUUCAUGGAUACAUGCGUGUUCGGUAUGUUUAUGAUCGCAAGCCAGAUGUUGAGGAGUAG